CCCCUCCGGGGCAGCUCGUCCAACCCCGGAGCAGUUGUCAUUUCCGGAGUAAGAUGGCUGCAGCGCUUGUGCUGAGGACCUGGAGCCGGAAUGCUGGGCGGCUGAUUUGUGUCCGCUACUUUCAAACAUGCGGUAAUGUUCAUGUUUUAAAGCCAAAAUAUGCUUGUUCCUUUGAUGCUCCUUCAUUCAAGUAUAGUCAUCCGCAUCAUUUGCUGAAAACAAGUGCUGUUUUACAGGGACAGAUCGUUCAGUUCAAACUCUCAGACAUCGGAGAAGGGAUUAGAGAAGUAACUGUUAAAGAAUGGUAUGUAAAAGAAGGAGAUACAGUGUCUCAGUUUGAUAGCAUCUGUGAAGUUCAAAGUGAUAAAGCUUCUGUUACUAUCACUAGUCGUUACGAUGGAGUCAUUAAAAAACUGUAUUACAAUCUAGACGAUACUGCUUAUGUGGGAAAGCCAUUAGUAGAUAUAGAAACGGAAGCCUUAAAAGAUUCAGAAGAAGAUGUUGUUGAAACUCCUGCUGUGUCCCAUGAUGAACACACACACCAAGAGAUAAAGGGUCACAAAACACUGGCAACUCCAGCAGUUCGUCGCCUUGCAAUGGAAAACAAUAUUAAGCUGAGUGAAGUUGUUGGCUCAGGAAAAGAUGGCAGAAUACUUAAAGAAGAUAUUCUCAACUAUUUGGAAAAGCAAACAGGAGCUAUAUUACCUCCUUCACCAAAAGCUGAAAUUAUGCCACCUCCACCAAAACCAAAAGACAGAACUAUUCCUAUACCAAUAUCAAAACCUCCAGUGUUCACAGGCAAAGACAGAACAGAACCUAUAAAAGGCUUUCACAAAGCAAUGGUCAAGACCAUGUCUGCAGCCCUGAAGAUACCUCACUUUGGGUAUUGUGAUGAGGUUGACCUUACUGAACUGGUUAAGCUCCGUGAAGAAUUAAAACCCAUUGCUCUGGCUCGUGGAAUUAAACUCACCUUUAUGCCCUUCUUCUUAAAGGCUGCUUCCUUGGGAUUGCUACAGUUUCCCAUCCUUAAUGCUUCUGUGGAUGAAAACUGCCAGAGCAUAACAUAUAAGGCUUCUCAUAACAUUGGUGUGGCAAUGGAUACAGAGCAGGGCUUGAUUGUUCCUAAUGUGAAGAACGUUCAGAUCUGCUCCAUAUUUGAGAUCGCCACUGAAUUGAACCGCCUCCAGAAGUUGGGCUCUGCGGGCCAGCUCAGCACCCCUGAUCUUACAGGAGGAACGUUUACUCUUUCCAACAUUGGAUCAAUUGGUGGUACCUAUGCCAAACCAGUGAUACUACCACCCGAAGUGGCAAUUGGGGCCCUUGGAGCAAUUAAGGCCCUUCCCAGAUUUAAUGAGAAGGGAGACGUACAUAAGGCCCAGAUCAUGAACGUGUGCUGGUCAGCAGAUCACAGAAUUAUUGAUGGCGCUACAAUGUCACACUUCUCUAAUUUGUGGAAAUCCUACUUAGAAAACCCCAGUCUUAUGCUGCUAGAUCUGAAAUGAAGAUUGAUAAGACAUCCUUGAACUUUCCGAGCUUCCAAAGGAAAAGCAGAGCCCAGCCGUGCUGCACGUGUUCUUCCUUACAGUUGGUAUCGCCAACGGUUCGUGAUACGGGAUGAAGGUUCUGAGGCACAGUGUGUAUCACUGUUCUGUUAGACUUUCUGCAGAAGACAGAUAAUGGUGAAAAGUUCUCCUUGGCUGUCAAUUUUGUAGGUCCUAGUGUGACUUCUUAAUGUGGUGCUGAGGUCUUCGUGUUAACGGAAUAAAACUGGCAGGAACAACGAAAUCAAUGUUACUUGAAGACAGGCACCUAUAUGCAGUAUUUGCCCUUUUUUUUAAAUUUUAAACUAACUCUUAGUGAAACUUGUCCAUUACACUUAGUUGGGAACAGGAAUUUAUAUGUAAAAAUCUUUCUAUUGCCCCGCAAUAAUGCAAAUUGUUGUACAAAAUAAGUGCAAUUAUACAUAGCUUUUAAGAUAUACAAGAAUGUGUUGCUCUGUAGAGAUUAUCAUCUAAGUGUCUUAUUUGUAUAAAUUAAUGUCUUUUAAAAGGGAAAAUUACAAGCUAAUCUUAAAAAUGCCCAAUUAUAAUUUUAUAACCAGUGAGGCUAUUAAAGGUAUUUGUUUAAAAUGG